CUCUUUUUGUGACCCGGAAGUGGAUGUGUAUCGAAAUAAACGCGUCCUGCAGUAAGAGGGCAAAUAUUCACCAGCUAGGUGACUAACAAUUAGAGUCCCUACAUCAGAGUCGAAAUACUUAAAUGUAUUCAACCACCUUUGUUGUUGGAAUGAAUGAGCGAAAUCUAUAAAGAAGCUUAUUUAGGCGGAAACCGUUUUGUUCUCCGCGAUGAAUGGCAGUAAACACGCAAACAGCGAGAGGUUUGUAGCAGUGCGGAUGGCUGCGGGAACCAAAUCGUCCUUCUGCCGUUCGUCUCAUCAAUGACCAUGGAUGUCAGAGCGGUAGUAGAGUUCGCUGCGGCUACCAGAGGCCUUUCUCUGGUUUUACAGGCUGUCCUAAAUGCUGCCAUCCCUGACCAUGACGCGGAUGCCUUCAGCCCCCCACGGACAGAGGAGGCCUUGUACCUGGACUCUGCGGUGGACUGGUUAUUCGGUGGCCUCUCCCACUGGGACGCAGAGCACUUCCUCUUCAUCGCAGAGAGAGGAUACCUAUAUGAGCACAACUUUGCCUUUUUCCCUCUUUUCCCCAUCGUGCUGCGGGGCCUCGCUGAGACUCUUCUCUGGCCCCUCAGCAGCUGGCUCAGCAUGAGGGGCCGCUUGCUCCUGGCUGUUGCUUUGGGGAACAGCGCCCUCUUCUUGCUGAGCGUGGUUGCCUUCUAUGCCCUCAGCAGAGUGGUUCUUCAGGAUCGACGCCUUGCUCUGCUCUCCAGCUUCCUGUACUGCUUUACGCCUGCCAAUGUGUUCAUGACAGCCGGUUACUCGGAGAGUCUGUUUGCAGCGCUCACCUUUGGUGGUCUGUUCCUCCUGGAGAAAAGCUUCACGCUCAGAGCCUGCUUAGCCCUUAGCAUCGCCACGGCGGCACGGUCAAACGGACUGGUUAACAUAGGCUUUCUUCUGUAUCUGCCUUCACUGCAUGCCAUUUCCCAGAUCCGUGUGUAUCGUGCAACAACUAAAGGUCACAGUAAAGUGCUCCACUAUAUCUUGGUGGUGGUCCGUCUUCUGUUCACCUCCCUCUUUGGAACGGCUGUCAUUGCUCUCCCCUUCUGCGCUUUCCAAUAUUAUGGCUACAGGACGUUUUGCACCCCGUCCACCUCCCUGGAGCAGAUCCAUCCGGCUCUCUUAUCCCUGGGUGAGCGGAAGGGCUACAGGGUUCCAGAUGAAAACAGCCCGCCGCCCCUCUGGUGCCUCAGACCUCUCCCCCUGCUUUAUUCACACAUUCAGGACGUUUACUGGGACGUGGGCUUCCUCCGUUACUUUGAGCUGAAGCAGAUACCGAAUUUUAUUCUGGCUAUGCCCAUGGCUACCCUCGCUAUUAUGGCCGCCUAUGCAUAUUUUCAUGCUAAUACAGAGCUGUGUUUAAGGCUUGGACUUUGGGGGACUGGACUGGAGAAACCUACACCAGGAUUCUUUAACCCAAAAGUCUUUGUGUAUGUUGUGCAUUCUACCGUUCUCCUAGUGUUUGGAACCCUGUGCAUGCAUGUGCAGGUUCUCACCAGAUUCAUGGCCUCUUCAUCUCCUGUGCCCUUCUGGAUAAGCGCCCACCUACUCCUCCUCAACGAGCCAUUUCUCCAUCGAAGGAAAAGCUCUAACCCCAACGUGCAGCUGCAGACUGAUCUUAAAAACUCCUGCGGGCACAAACCUCAGAACCCCAUCCUUGCUCUGCUUCCACAUUUUAAAACUUGCUCUCCCACCACGCAGAGCAUCCUGGGCUACUUCCUCUCAUACUGGAUACUGGGCCUUGCUUUGCAUUGCAACUUCUUGCCUUGGACUUGAUUUAUUAAAAUAAUCGGAGGAUAAAAGCGAUAUUUCUGCAUAGGUUGUUCCUGCAGAAUAAAUCUUUUUAACUUUUAAUAUACAAUGGUGAAGGUACAGUUUGCCUUGGGGAAAAAAAACAUGACUUGAGAAAAUAUUUUUAUGAAUGCCUGAUUUAAAAAAAAAAAAAAAAGAUAUGUUGUCAC